CCAGGCAGCAUUCCCAGCUCGGGCAGAGCAGGUGGAGGGACGGAGGGAUCGGCCAUGGAGUGGCUGAGCCAGCGCUGCCCGCUGCCAUCCUCUGCCCAGGGCUGGCCCCGGCCUGGCAGGGGCACUUUGCUGCUGGUGGUGACGCUGGCAGUGCUGAUGUCCCCACUGCUGAGGGACCUGGCCCUGCAGCUGCACUCGGCCCUCACCGGCACCUACAUCCCUGGCACCAGCUCCAUGGCCUUCAUCAACUGCCUCAACGAGCAGAUCGCCAAGGACAUCGCAAGGGCCAUCAUGGAUAAGAAGCUGGCUGCCCAGGUGAACAUCCUGCCCAAGAGCUCGGCCUUGUAUUUCUGGAAAGGGGAGCUGGAAGAAUCCACUGAAAUACUGCUGAUCGUGAAAACCAGGACAUCCAAAAUAGGGGAAUUGUCCAACUACGUCAGAUCCAUCCACCCCUUUGAAAUCCCCGAGAUCAUCAGCCUGCCUAUCGACCAAGGAAACCCUCUCUACCUCAAAUGGAUCGAGGAAAACGUCCCACGGGACUGACUGGAAAGGUCACCUCAGUUUUGGGAGCCCUGAGGGUCUCCCUGGGCAGGUGGGACCGACAUGUGAGGAGGCAGCCUCUGUCUUCUUGGCCUUGCUGUAACACAGAAGUUUGGGAUUGGGACUUUUGUUUGCACUGGAAACAUCCUCUCCUGGGCCUGAGCAGGGAACUCUGAGCAGCCCAGAGCUGGUGCAGGCUGAGGAGGGAAAGGCUGCACCGUUGUGGAUGAGGAUACAGAGAUGCUCACGUCAGGCCACUGCAGCAUUUGGGGGCUCUUUCAGGCUGCCAGCAGCAAAUUCCUUUGGGAAGCCACGGCCUGGCAGCCCCUCCAGUUCCAUGUGUGCCCAACAGGCAGUGCCUGAAGCCUGGCUGGCCCCCCUGCUGGGUGCCAGCAUCCUGCCCUGCUCUUCCCCAGCCCCGAGGCAGCAGGA